GGUGGUGGCCUGUAAUUUACCUUUUUAUUUCUUUUCUCUUCUCGAUAGGCAGCCUGAGCAGUUGGAUUGAACAUUCGCCUGGCAGUUCUCGGCUACAAAACUCAAGGAGAGACUCUCCCUCGCCUUCUUUGUCAUUAUGGAGGCAAUCUCUUUGAGCUCGCAUCAUUUCAAUGCUCAUCUAUUUAGAAGAAAGCCAUUCAUGGUUCGAUGUGGAAUGGUUGAACACAAUCUCCAUGGGUAUCAUCCAUCAUUUGCUGGGACCUACUCUUCCAUAGUGACCAAGUCAUCAUGUUCUCUCAGAAGGCAUGCCAUGUUGUUGAAUGGCCACCUAGCAUCAAAUUUGAAUAGAAAAAUUUCAGUAUAUUGUUCAAAGAAUCUCCGAAAUAAUUCCUUGAAUAUUAAGGCAAGAUCAAUGGAGUCUUUACAUGUUGGUUCUAUUUCACCAGGAGCUGAUGAUGGAACAGAUGUGACAAUUUCACAUAAUGAUGCCAAUGACCAUGCGACUUUGCAAACCAAACCUAAGAUGUUCAGAAACAGAUUUUUGAAUUUUGUUCGUCUGGGUUCUGUUGUCAAUGGUGCUGCAGAAUCUUUUUUUAAGAGUGAAAUACGUCGAAGAUUAUUUGUAACAGCUGUAUUAAUAGUAAUCAGUCGUGUUGGCUAUUUUAUUCCAUUACCUGGCUUUGACAGACGGUUGAUACCUCAGGACUACCUUAGCUUUGUUUCUGGUUCUGUUGAUGAGCUUGGUGAUUUUUCUGCGGAGCUUAAGCUUUCACUUUUCCAGCUUGGAAUCAGUCCUCAAAUAGCAGCAUCAAUUGUUAUGCAGGUGCUUUGUCAUGUUGUACCUUCACUAGUGAAGCUGCGGAAAGAAGGUUUAGAUGGCCAUGAGAAGAUUAAGAGUUAUAUAUGGUGGAUCUCACUUGGGUUUGCGAUAUUGGAAGCACUCAUCCUUGCUUGUUACUCACUUCCAUAUUCAAUCUAUGCAGCUAGUCACAGACUCAAGCAUGUGAUAGUGACAACAUUUUUAUUGGUCUGCGGUGCAAUGACCAUGACGUGGAUUUGUGAUAAAAUAUCAGACUCUGGAUUUGGUCAAGGGUCGUCCCUGAUAAUAUGUGCUGGAAUAUUGACUGGCUACACGGAUACUUUGUACAAGAUGUUGUCUCAACUCUCAGGAAGUGUUGUGAGUUGGUGGCCGUACAUUCUUGUGGUACUUGGUGUUUUCACUGUAGUUACCAUGUGGGCAGUUGUGGUAACGGAGGGUUGCAGAAAGAUAAAGUUGCAAUAUUAUGCUUUCAAACUUGCUUCUGCUGCAAGAGAUGACUCUCCAAUUACUGAGGUGGAACCUUAUAUCCCUUUCAACAUUAAUCCAUCAGGAAUGCAGCCUGUUCUCACCACUACUUAUCUCUUGGCAUUUCCAAGCAUCCUUGCAAGUCUUCUUGGCUCACCAUUUUGGGAACACAUAAAAGAGAUAUUGAACCCCAACACUUCAGUUGGUGCAGAACCAUGGGUUUACUAUUCUAUAUAUGGUUUUUUUGUCUUUGUAUUCAAUAUAUUUGACAUUGCCAAUUUGCCGAAGGAAAUUGCAGAUUACUUGAAUAAGAUGGGUGCAAGGAUACCAAACAUAAAGCCUGGGAAGGCCACAGUCGAGUAUUUAACAAAGAUUCAGGCAUCCACACGUUUUUGGGGUGGUUUAUUGUUAAGCAUUUUGGCCACUUCAUCAACCUUGCUUGAUCAUCAUCUACGGCGUAUCAAUGAGGGAUUUGCAAUAGGCUUCACAUCAGUCUUAAUUAUUGUGGGUUCCAUUAUUGAGCUGAGAAGAUCCUAUCAAGCAUAUAAUGUAAUGCCAGCCUUAAGUAAAGCUCUGAGGCGAUAUGGUGUCUAGCAUUCAACGAGCCUGUGAUAUUCAGUUUGAGCCUUUGAGGCAUUUGACAUUCUCUGAGGUAGUAUGGUUGUCAUUAACAAUCCAGUUAUUAUUGAUAAGAAAAUCCGGGAGCUGCUCGAGGACCAUUGUAAAGAUCAAUGUUUCAUGCCGUUCAAGACUAUUUUACAUUGAAUACCGACACUUGGAUUCACUGCCGCCCCCUCUCCCCCUCCCCCUCCGAGGUGCAGCCUGUAUUUUUGAGGAUUAGGAGAUAAUUUACUACUACUAUUCUGUCCACAAUUUGAUGGAAGAGGAAGUUGUGUAUUUUUAGUUCACAAAAAACUGCACUUAGUUCCUGUAACUACAUGAUUUUGGUUUCAUCCUGUUUGUACUGCAUGUCCAUAAUUUUAUAGAAGAGCAAGUUGUGUUUUGAUUCGCAAAAAAUUGUACUCGAUUCCUGUAAUUAAAAUGAUUUUGGUUUUAACCUGUU